GCUUAGUACCAGUGCCAUUUGUUGCAACUUGUGUGAUACCAUAGUUUGUGUUUGAUGUUAGCGAUAAAGUAAUGGAGAAAUACAUGAUCAUUGAUACUUUUGCCAAAGGCCCCCAAGGAAUCACGCUCUUGGUGAAACAUCGGGCAAAUGGAAAGACAUAUAUUCUGAAAAAGAUCGAAUGUAACGAUAACCCGGAAGCUAAUCGCGCCCUCCGAGAGGUCAUGCGAUUCACCAAACUCCGUCACAGACACAUCGCCGUUCCCCGAGAUGCCUUUGUUCACUGGGACUCCACUGAAGCAGCAGUAUACCUGUGCAUCGCAACCGACUACUUUGUCACCGGUGACCUUGAUAGCUUCAUCAAGGAGAAGUCAAGGAAUGGUCAAUCUAUGUGCGAAUCGGACAUGCAACGCUGGAUGGGCCAACUGCUCCAUGCCAUAAUCUAUCUGCAUGAUAGCGGAAUAGCCCACACCAAUCUGAAGCCCAGCAACGUGUACCUGACUCCUCAGAUGGACCUGCGGAUUGGCGAUAUCGGAAUUAGGACUGUCAUAGAGGACUUACAUCGGUUCCGUUCCAGGACCAGAUCGGUCGUCUGGUCCCUCUACUGGUCUCCACCAGAGGUCUUCGAGGGUCCUCACGGAUCAAAAACAGAUGUCUGGUCAUUUGGCUGCAUGCUGUUCGAGAUGGCGGCAAUGAUGCACCAGAGUGUCCUCAAGUCUCGGGAAGCCCUUCUACAGCUACGCGUGGGAGACAGGGUUGAAUUCUUGGAUUCCCUGAAACAGAUCGGCCAGGGGUAUGAGAAGUCCUGCCACAUCUGUGAUUGCUUAGUCCAGAUGUUUUCAGUUGAUCACGAAUCAAGACCAUCGGCAAGAGAUGUUCUAAAGAUGCACUACCCUCGGCUCUGCAUAAACAUGGUCACCAAUAAAGGCACGGAAACCCCAAAGAGAUAGAGGAAUUAAAAAUUAUGUCUCAUCAACAAAUUAUAAUACGCAUGUAGAAGUCUGAUACCAAAACAGUUGUCUAGCAAUACUAUUUUGUUAGAAGAGAGAUUUAAAUUAACUGCCUUACCUUUUUUAAUAAAAAGUGCAAAGAUUUGUAUUGAAUAAAAAAAAUACAAUCUAUUUAUAAUUCUGGUUAACCAGAACAAACAUUCUCUUCGCAGCUUUGAGAGAUUUUAAUGAGCAUUUUGCGUGAACGAGCUACUGAAAGAAGUCAUAGGACUACUAUAUAAAAAAAGACUGUCAAGUAAUUACUCAUUUUCAAUUGGAUGAUAAGUACAAUGACCUUGAUAUUAUACAGAAUGCAAGUGACGAUUUUGUUUUUAGUCUGCAACACACUGGAAUAAAAUCAUUUAUCACUUUACAAAACCAGGACCAUCGAUUAAGAUGGAUGUCCCUACAGGUUUCGACUUAGGUGCGAUAUUGCUAUACUGCAUUAACAAGAUUAUGCCAAAUUCUGUGUUUCACUAAGUUCAUGUUGAUAACAUAUUUGAAAUAUUAUUACUGAAACUUUAGAUAAUUAUGGAUUCUUUAAACUGACAAAAUGAUUUUUGUCAUUGAUAGUUACUUUUUCCAUUGUAAUGUAUAUGUAUCCGAAACACUUAGAGUUGAUAAAAAUGUAUCUGCAGAAGUUACAAAUUCGCAAUUUGCGCCAUUUCUAAUUCUAAACGUUUCCAAUGCGUUUCCCACAACUUAAGGAAUUUUAGUGAUUAUUUUUUCUUUAAACGUAUGGAUCACCAACAAAAGUUUUUGGGCCUAACUACAAAUUGUGAUUAAUUUUUCUGGAUGGGUUAUCAAAUGUUAUCAAAGCAUGGAUUGCCGCUAUACUUUGCGAAAGCCUAUUAUAGGCUAGAAUAGCCCAGGCCUAUAACGGUAUUCCACUUUUUAAUAACAUUUGAUAACCCAUGAUUUGAGCUCAAUGCUGUUCCUUUAUUACGGGAAACAUCUAUUCCAAUGCGAUGAGCACUUCAGGUGCGCGUUUCAUGAAAGUAUCCAACUCAGAGGUCCAACUCCAGUUCGAUGCCAUCUGUACGGAAAGUCAAGCUGGACAAUAAUCGCCAGUGAACAGAUUCAAUGCGUCUGCAUUUUGUCCAACUAGCGUGUUGUCUUCGAAGUUCCACGGCUUUCCAUAGAGAUAGCGACGAGUUCGAAUUAUGAGUCUUUCAUGAAACUCACCCCAGGACUCUUAAUGGAAAUAGUUUAAACUUCGUUGGCUCUUGGAAAACAUAAACCCAUGUUGCAAAUUUGCACUCGUUAAUACCUUGGUCACAUUUGCUCUACUGCGGCCGUACGGCGAGUAGAAAACAGCCGUUUUAAUCAUUUUUAUUCAAACCACCUAUAUAUAGCUGGUACAAUAAUGUCAAAACGGCUGUUUCCGACUCGCCGUACGGCCACCGUAGAACAAAUGUGACCAAGGUAUGAGGGAUGCCACUUUAUCGUCACCAUGAUUAAUGUUUGUUCAUGAACAAUCGGUCUGCUGCCAGCUAUGGUAAAAUACUUGUAGGUGCCACACUUCAUGGUUGUUAAAAUAAACCAAAACCCAAGAAGAGAAGCAAUCUUAUUGGGAAUAGUAAAAUGAGAGGAACAAUUUAAAAAAAGUUUCAUUAAAAUCGGUUAUGAAAUAAGCAAGUUAGGGACGUUUAAAAAGUAUUGUUGUACUUUCUAUGGGGAUCCUCAAAUUGGCAAACGUGCUUUAAAAUGGCCGAUUUUGUGGACAACUCUCCAUUUGUUUUCGUACACAAAUUUUCAGAUUUUCCCCUUUAUUUUACAUAUUUCAUAUUAUCUCCUCCUGACCUUGACAUAUGUGGUGUGAAUUAUAUCUUCCCAUGACAUAUGUUGUGCUCAGAAGGAGGCAAGAUGCAAUUUGAAAGAUAAUGAGGCAAAUCUGAAAAUGAAACAAAUCAUGGAGAGAUGUCAACAAAAUCAGCCAUUUUGAAGCACGUUUGCCAUAAAGAGUUUUCAAACUUCCAUAUCUUGCUUAUUUCAUAAAGAUUUUGAUGAAACUUGUUUAAAUUGUUCCUCUCAUUUUACUCUUUCCAAUAAGAUUGCUUCUCUUCUUGGGUUUUGGUUUAUUUUAACAACCAUGAAGUGCGGCACCUACAAGUAUAUUGGGUUUUGGUUUCCUUUAAUAUUUUCCCCUAGACGUGGGUGUAGUAAACAAAAGUUCAUAUGGGGGACAAAUAUGUUGACCACCAGUGAACAGAAAAUAUAUGAGAUUUCACAUCUGACCAUCAAAGGGUAGGUUGACCUCCUCAUUUUGGAAAUAAAUCAACAUCUAUGAAAAAAUCUGAAACAAUAAAAUAGCCCUGACUCUUCUGUCAGUCAAAUAGUUCUUAUGCUAAGUGAUAUUUCUUCCCCACUUGGGCAAAGAAAGUUCAGUGAUUUCCCUUCCUAGAAUAAGUGUCAGAUUGUGACUAGUACGCAUACACUUAGUAAAUCAGAUAUAUCAAAUUAAAAAUCAUUGGAGAGGUCGGGUCGAAUAAAUAUUUUUGCUUUCUUGUUGUAAUUGGGCGUGUGCAACCUUUAGGGGGUAUAUAGUGCAAUUGUAUUCUGAUAGAAAGAUGGGGUGUAAGAGUAUUUGAUGAUGACGUAAUUUUUUCAAAAUUAAAUAGGGGUAUCAUAUAGUUAUAUGACGACACAAUCCUCCUCUAAUACCUUUAUUGUAAAGCAUUGUGUAAACGUUGAUGGAAACUUAAUUUUCUGUAAAUAGUCAUGUGACUGUAUGUCAGUGAGAUUUAGCAAUAAAUGAAAUACGAUUAAUUCCAGAUCAAUUA